AAUUGAUUGGGAGAAAAAGUAACUUUUAAAUGCAUUAAAAUGUCACGUGACGAGCUACCAAAGCAGCUAAGAGGCAAACGCACCGAAGUGGAGACGGCCGCAAAGGCAAUUAGUGCACAAUUCGAACAGAUCAGAAAAGGCGGGACAACAAGCGUCGUUUUGCGAUACGAAAUAAAUGUGUUGCGGCAUUUGUGCUGUGCUCUGCAGGACAAUAAUCACAAAUAUGCCGACAUCUAUUGCGACAUUGCAGCGAGCAUGCUGCCACAUGUGGCGCCCUGCCCCACGAAGCCCGAGUUCUGGACGAAUCAUGUGAUAAGCCUGCAUUUCAUACACCAUUCGCUCUGCCAAGAGCAAACAAUUAAACAAUGCCAAAGAUUCUAUGCACUGAUCAAUGCCCAACGCUGCCAGCUGCAAGGCCAGGCUGAGUACAAGUCUUAUAUGGGCAUUCACAUCAAGCAUCUGUAUUAUUUCUGUCAGCAAAUGCAGAAAGAAGCCACACCAGAAGCCAAGGAACAACUUUGCCAAGCAAUCCAAGCACUAGGCGUGCUUUUUGAGGCGAUGCUGCAUCUGCAGUCGCAGCAGCCAAAUAUAAUCUAUGUCGAGCUGAUUGUGGAGCUGAAUCAGCUGCUGGGCAAGCGUAGCAGCCGAUUUCUCAAGAUACUCGGCACGCUGCCCGUCAAAUACCUCAACAAGCUUUGCGACCCACUCUUCAAGCUAAUCGCCAGCAACGGGCUUAGUGCGGAGCUGCUGCUGCAACAGUUUCCCGAAUAUUUGAGCGCUUUGUUGGCGCUGCUGCAGCUGGAUGGCUACGCCUUGCAACAGUCUCCCAUGAAUUGGAGCAUACAGCUGUUGCGCAGCUGUCGAGAGCUGUAUAAAAAUCAAUCUGCCCAGAACUAUCCAAUUCAGCUGCUCUACUACUACCUCAAAUUGAUCUGCGCACAGGAAACCCCGACAACAGCAGCAGCAGCAACAGCCAGUAGCAAUUUGAAGCUGGCUUACAUCGAUCUGACCAAGAAGUUUGUACACUACUUUGAGCAGAAGGCCGCGGCGCAUGCCCAGGAGCCGUGGUUCAUCGACUUUGUGCUCAGCCUGGUGCGAUUGCAGAAGCAACUGCAUCAAGUUGACAGCCGGUUGCCAAACUUUAAUGGCUUUUGGCAGGGUUUGGAAGGUGAGGAUAGCGCUGCCGUUUAUGCUGCCCACUUUGCGCUGCUGCAGUGCCUAAUAAGCGUCUCAAUGGACAUGAGCAGCAACAGCAGCAGCCGUUCACUGGCGCCCAACUGCAGCAACGAUCCCAAUUGUCAAAGUGUGCGAAAACAUUGCAUCUUUUCGCUUGGCUACUGCGCCACAGUUGCCUACAGCAAUUGGCAGCCAACGGGUCAAGCAACGCUUCAAAAGGCGCAACAGAUGAGUCUGGUGAGCAUUAUGCGAUAUGCGAUGGAUGUGGCAAAGGUCACCAAAUGUAUGCUGCCCAGCAGCGAGGAGCUGAUCGGUUUUAUCUGGCAUGUGACCAACAUUGCGGACAAGGUGGCAACGGCGAGGCAAAUGUGCCUUGUGCAACAGCUGUUGCAGCCACUGCAGCAGCUGCGUCCACUGCUGGGCAAAACGGAGUUGCGGCAAUUGUUGCGUCGUCUCUACAAGGCGAGCGCACACUGUUCAGUUGCGGAUGCAGAGCUGGCGGCGCAGCUGCACUGUUCCUAUAUAGCACACAUGGACUGCCCCUCGCGCCGCUUCAAUCUGAUGUGCGUCUACUAUCACAAAUGCAAACAGGAGGUGCAGAAGUGUGUCUACGAGCUGCACGAGAGUAGUCCACUCCGCAAUCCGCUCGACAGCAGACAGAGACGAAAGCUCUACGAAUUGGAUAUGCUGGCAGUGCUGGCCCAUAAGAAGACACCUCCAAUGCUCCAAUCACUGCUGCGACAUCGUCAAACGGACUAUCAAGCGGUGCUCCUGGCUCGCCAAAUGCGCUCCGACAAGCCAACGAUUCAACAAUUUGAGGAGCUGCGUGUGAAGCUGCAGCGAACAGGACGUAAACAGAAACUGAGCCGGCUACAACAACUGGUGCUGGGACAUGCGAGUGUCACAAAGCUAUUGGAAUCCCUCGAAGCGCAAAAAAUGAAAAUACCCAUUAAGGAAACGACAGAGAAGAGCCUCGAACAGAUGCUCAUCAAACAUAAAAUAUUGCACAUUAAUAUCAGCAGCGAAAUGCCGCUGGUCGAGCUGGCAACAGCAGCCAUCGGCGCCUUUGAGGACUUCUUUAAUCGGGCUGACGCAGAGCCUUUGAGUAGUGACGAGGCGCUCAUCGACUGGGAUGCGCUGAUAGAUGAUGGCACUGCGACGGCCAUGGCGUUGUCCACCAUGGGCUACACCACACAGGCGGACAGGGCUUGGCUGCUGCUGUUGCGCAUAUGUCGUCUGCUUGGCGAUAGAUUCAACUAUUUGCGUGCACUUAGCCACUUUUUGGCACGGUACACGCAACACACUCUGCUCGACUUGCCGCACGAGGUGUUGCAUGCGGAGCAGCUGAUGGAUGAGCUCUGGCCCCAGCUGCAUGCCGGCCACUUCUUCAAGCGUCACCAUACAACGCUGCUGCUGUGCCUGUGCCACCUGGCGCUCUACUAUGCACGCCUGGACAGGAUUAGUCAUGCCCAGCUGUUGCUGCUGCACGCAGAGCGGCUGCGCGACGGCUUCGAAGAGCGUGUGGGCAAAUGUGAUAUUGUCCAGCUGACGCUGUUGACUGUGCGCUUUCGCAUGUGCUAUCAGCAGCGCCACUGUCGCCUCCUGGCCCGACUGCCCACAUCGCUGCAGCAGCUGGACACCCUGUCGGUGAGUGUGCGCAAAUUUAUUGGCAUUUCGUCGAUGGAUCAGGGUGCUCUAAUUCUGCUGCUGAACGAUCUGGUGCGUGACACCACCGAGUGCACAGCGAAUCGCUUGAGCGAGUGUCCCAAUUUCUCGAGCAGCCUGCUGCAAUUGCUGCUCCAGAGCGGCAUGGUGCUGCGCGCCGUCGAGGUGCUCAUCUCGUGGCUGUGGACCAAUCUGCGCAUGGAGUAUCUGGACAAGGCGCAUUCCAAGCUGCGUCUCAUCGAGCACUUUCUCUGCAUGCAGCCGCUGCUCGAGUCCAUUGCACUGCAGGAGCAGCACAGCAAGAGUUGUCAUCUAAGUGCGAAGACUGCUGCUGCUGCUGCACCCAUGGAUGCCCAGACGCAACACAUGAGCGAACUGGUCGGCAGGAUGUUCGCCAUGCAACUGGAGCAACAAAGCGCAGCCAGCGUGGAGCCCAUUAGGAAACAACAGCAGCUGGCAAUGACAACAUCGCCGCGACUGGAAUUGCGUCCGCCUAGAAGAAACAACCGACUGAAGCUGCAACGCUACGUGCAACUGGACACUCAGGAGUCGCAUCCGGUGCUGCGUGGCAGCAUUCAGCUGCAGUGCGUCUACUUCGUUGUGGGCUGCCUGCAUGCUCGACUCGACUUUCUGAAUCGGGAACACGAUCAGCUGGAUGAUUUCUAUGCGCUGGCGAAAGCCUGGCUGCAACAGGAUGGGGCCCGCAGCAACGGCUUGGGACAUUUGCUGAUGCUGCUGCACAUGUAUCAGGCCAACUAUUUGCGUGCCACGUGCCGCAAGCAGCAGGCUAUUGAGCUGCUCACUGCAUCCACAUUGCAGCUGAAUGGCAGUCAGCAUCUGCAGCAGCGUGUCGAUGUCAAUUACCGUUACAAUCUGUUGCUGCAGUUGCGCAGCGCACAGCUGGAGUUGCAGCCACCACCUCCGCCAGCACCUUGCAACAAGUCACAAAAUCCACGACGUGCACUCAAGUUCAACAUAUCACCCGAGGAGAAAACGCCAGUGGCAACAGCUGCCACCAAAACUGGCGCCAAAUCGAAGCAAAAAACCACAAGGAAACCGGCGGCAUUUGCAAUCUACACUGAGGAUGCAGCCGUGGCAAGCUGCUCCACUUCCAGUUCAAGUUCCAGUGAGAGGGGCAACAGUCCGGACCGUCAAAAGUCAACAAAAUCCAGGUCGAAUAAACGCCUCGAUCUGAAUGCCUGCCAGCUGAUCAUCGAUCUCAGCGAUGACGAGCCCCAACAGCUCAAGAUCUCCACAUCUGUAACCAAUACUCGCCUGCCAAGGACUCGUUCGCAGAAGGCGACUGAAACGCAGUUGGCGUCAGUGAGACGCAUUGCCACCACUCCAAAGCCCAGUAGCAGCAGCAGCAGCAGCAGCAGAGCCAAUGCGGCGCCCGAGGAGACGCCUGGGACAGCAAGCAGCACAAUCAGCACUCGUGGACGCAUCAGACGCCAGCCAGCAGCUGCCACACCUGUGUUGCAGGCAGACUCAAUUAGCACCAGACGUCGGCAAAGGAACUGAUUACUUUUAGAAUUCGUUUUUAAAUUUGAGUAAACUUAUAUAUAUUUAUAUUGUGCAGCUAUUAAACGUUCCA